AUGGAAGUAGAAAGUAACAUUGAAUGUUUUUGGAGUGAUCUUAAAACUCACCCAAAAUGUCCUCACGGACCAACUUUAUUAUUUGCAAUGCGUGUUAAGGAUGACCUGAAACAUUUUUACGCUUGCUCGGCCUGCCGAGAUCGAAAGCUGUGUAAAUUUUAUUUAAAAAAAGACGGAGAGCUGACAGAAAAUGAGAAAAAAAAAUGGCAAAAUGAAAUUAAAACUUACAGCCAAAUGUAUAAUCACCAGAAAAGUUACAUACGAUUUCAUGAAUUGCUUUCUGAGCAACCUGAAAGAAGAGCGUAUUGUCAUACGUGUGAGAAAUUAAUUUCAGUUAAUGAAAUUUCUAAACAUCCAGAGCAUGAAGUUGUCAAGAAUAUCUCCAAUGACCAGAUGUACAACCCUACAACUCUAUUGAAACCUCGUACUGACUCUAAAAAGGAGGCUCAGUAUUUAUUUUCAAAGAAAGCGACUUCUGAAAUUGUUGAUUUGUUGAUAAAUCUUGGAGCCAAGCAUGUUUUGUGCAUUGGAGCUCCUAGAAUUCAUGAACAUAUUUCUCAAAAUCAUGAGGAUAAAUUGUCUAGUCUUUUGCUAGACUUUGAUGGAAGAUUUCAUGAUUUUUUCGGACCUCUGAGCUUCUGCUGGUACAAUCUGUUCAAUCAUCACUUUUUUAAUAAAGAAUCACAGUCUGUAUUCAAAGAUUUCAUAACACAGAAUAACGGAAAAGAUAUUUAUGUGGUAUGUGACCCACCGUUUGGUGGUAGGGUUGAACCUAUGUCGCAAACUAUUAAAACCAUCAGCGAUUUACAUAAGAAAUGGAAUGGAUUAUCUCAAGAUGAUGAACUGAAAGUAAUGUUAUUUAUGCCAUAUUUCAUGAAAUCAAUCAUACAAUUUAAAUCAAAUCCUGCUGGUGUGGAUGGUGGUUUGAAAGAGUUAAAAAUGGCUGAGUAUAAAGUUGACUAUGACAAUCAUACCUUGUUCGGUUCUGGGUCUAAUGGACGAAAGUUUGGAAGUCCUGUUCGUAUUUUUACAAACAUUCCGCUCAAUUUGAUCAAACUUUUGGAGGAUGAUGGAUACAAGUAUUGCAAAAGGUGCGACAAAUGGGUCGGAGCUGAAAACAAGCAUUGUAAAAAAUGUAAAGCUUGUACAAGUGAAGACGGUAGACGGUACAAGCAUUGCAAUAUUUGUAAUCGCUGUGUUAAGCCUACUUGGAAGCAUUGUCAAAAAUCUAAAUCAUCAAAGAAACGAAAGGCUAGUGAUGAUAAUUCAAUGAAAAAUAAUAAAAAACAAAAAUUAAAUGGCUCAGAUACAAUUGAGGUGAAGAAGAAUAAGAAGAAGAAAGAUAAUAAAAUAAAAAAACAUCAGGAGGAUGAAAUAGUUGAGGAAGAAAAAAUUAAUGCAGUAGAAUUUACUGAGAAGAUUAAGUUAGAAAAAACCAAGAAGAAAAAAUUAAAAAUCAAAGGUGUAAGAGGAGAAAUUACUGAAACAAGCAAAGAAAAUGGACACGUAAAAGAAAAAACAACUGAUAAAACAACUAACGGAGAAAAAAAAGGCAAUGACAAUUCUAAAGUGAAGAAAAAAAAAAGGAGUUUAACAGAACUAGAAAGCGGUUCAAAAAUAAUUUUCGCGUGUCUUAUUACUAACUGCCCACGAGGAGGAAAACGCGGAGAAUCUCCAUUACUAUCAAUGCCAAGUUUGAUAAAAGAGUGUUCAAGUUGUGGACCUGGUGAUCAAGGACAAUGUUUUGGACCUCAUAUUUGCUGUGGAGCGACUAUUGGCUGCUACAUCAGAAGCCCAGAAACUUAUAAAUGUCGUAAAGAAAGUCUUCACUCGCACCCUUGUGUCUCUGGUUUUGCAAUGUGUCGGGAUAAUACUGCUAGAUGUGCCGCCAAUGGUAUUUGCUGCUCUCAAGAAAGUUGUUUCCUGGAUUCAUCAUGUAAAAUUGGAGAUGAAUACUUGAGCGACCGCAAAAUUGAUCAAGAAUUUCCAAGACUAAUUGGUGAAACUGACCAAAUGAUUAAUUAAACAAUUUUAAUUGCCUAAUUAUUAAAAAAAUAAUUCAUAAA